UAGAAAGUUCUGAAUCUCUUUUUGCUGUUGUUUGUGUGAUGUCUCAAAGAAUAGUUUGUUAUUGUGUGCACGCUCAUCACUAUUUCGGGUGACUCUUCUUUGAUCAGAUUUCCCAAUUCCAAGCUAUCAUGACUGAUGGCGAGAGGAGACAACCGGCUCAGCCUCUGGGGAGCGAGGAUGUCCGGGUUCCGCUGACUGGCACGUCCCCAGCGGACGUCGAUACUGACGAUGGAGGCUUGUGUAGCGGCAGCAGCGGGAAUAUUGCAAUGGAAAAUAUGGGACCGUUGAGCGACAGCAGCUUCUCAGCUCAGGAACUCGGAGCAGAGGAAAUAGCGUCCGACCCCGCCACAGAGCACCUCCCGUACCCGGCCCUGGCGCCAGCGGUCUUCUUCUGCCUCAAACAGACAACCCGACCGCGGAGUUGGUGCCUCAAAGUGAUUCGAUGGGUUGAACAGCCUAAUUUCUGCUCCUGUGUCUUAUGGUCUUACAUUUCGGUGAGAAUGCCCUCCCUGAUAUUUUCCUCCUGCUGCAGCCUUUGCCCCCUGGCUUGUCAGAAAUCUAAAUGUACAGACAAAUCAGAUUUCCCUAGGAACAGUUGCAGUUGGAAGUACAUGCCACAACUGUAUAACACAAGAUUUCCCAGAAUGCUGGUGCUAAAAUCAUCUUUGACCCUGAAAUGCAAACAAUCAAUUGUUGGCAGUCAGCAGUUACUCUACACUGUCAAUGUGGUGGCACAGAACCGCAAACCAACAUUGCUCAUGCAUUGGAAGAUGAGUGACACUGGGGGAAAGAUUGGGACCGAAAUAAGAUUUGAAAAGGAUCAUAAACAGGAAGAUACUGUCAUCAUGAAUGUUGUCAUUUGUGUCAAAUGCACAUCUUUCAAUCACAGCCAGUUCUACGGUUUGGAUCAUUGA